AUGACCAGAGCGAUUGCUCGACAAGAUGAGGCUUUGGAGGAUUUAAUUCGGUCCACUCGUCAAGUGAUUCGAAAGCACUCAACCCAUUUAGCCUAUAAUAACGACAAUAAUAACUAUAGCUUCCACCGUCGUCGUAGUUAUUCCAACCAUAAACCUCGGUUACAACCGCCAGCACCACCGCCAGCACAGCCACCACAAUGCAGCCAUCAUUGCUGCGAAAGUAUCGCAAAACCUUUGCCACCGAAAACACACCACCAUCAUUAUGUACAGCCACAUCAACCACCACAACAGCCAUCAUACCAAUCACCGCAUCAACAGCCAUUCUAUCCACAGCCGUUUCCGACCAAAUCCAGGACAAAAACCUGGCUCAACAAGAUUAUACCUUCUAAAUUACAAUGCGAAACAGACGAUGAAGUAGGCUUGCAUGAUUUGAAAAAGAAAAUUUACAAGCAGAAACCAAAGCCACAACUACAGCAACAACAGCUACCCUACGUCAAAACCACAGGCAGACCAAUGAUUAUAUUUUCAAUGUCUCCGUCACCGGAGAAGGUUGUCGUGAUUGAUGUUUCAGCAAACACAACAGUGAUUCUUCGAAGCUUAGAUGCAGAUGAUCCCAAUAGCAAGUAG